GGAAAUUACGGGCUGUAAUAGGCUUUAUAAUGGGCCUUAUUUGGGCUUUGAAUUCCAAAGAAAUAAUCUUUCUUUUCUUUUCUUCUUCUUCUUCGUCUUCGAUUUUCUCUCUCAACGCAAACUCGUAAGCUGCUUCCAUUUUCCCUUCUAGACCAUUGAUUUGUUCUUCGAAAAAACCGUUCUUUCUUUUGCCUCUCACUCUAGUUCCUUCUCUCAUUUCUACUUCUCUAGCUUCACUGACUUGCUGCUACCACUAAAUCUUGGCAUUUGUGGAAAGUUGGGAAUUUAGGGUUUUUGGGUGUGUGUGUGAAAACAAUGGAAGCACUAGUUGUUGAUGCUGGCUCUAAGUUCCUGAAAGCAGGAGCAGCAAUUCCUGACCAGUCUCCUGCAAUGAUAAUUCCCUCUCAAAUGAAACGAAUGGUUGAUGAUGGGUCUUCUUCAGCUGAUAACCCCACCACUGUCUUUGAGGAUGUCACUCUUGAUCCUAUUGAAAGGGGUUUGAUUAGAGAUUGGGAUGCUAUGGAAGAUCUGUUGCGUUAUGUUGUCUACACUGGGCUUGGAUGGGAAGAGGGAAACGAAGGCAAUAUACUUUUUACAGAUCCACUUUGUACUCCUAAGGCUAUUAGGGAGCAAUUGGUGCAGUUGAUGUUUGAAACAUUCAAUGUCUCUGGAUUUUAUGCAUCUGAGCAAGCAGUGUUGUCCCUUUAUGCUGUUGGACGCAUCUCCGGUUGCACUGUUGAUAUUGGUCAUGGGAAGAUAGAUAUUGCCCCAGUUCUUGAAGGUGCAGUACAACACAUUGCCUCGAAACGGUUUGAGCUAGGUGGAACCGAGCUAACUAAAUUAUUUGCCCAAGAGCUUGGAAAAACCAACCCGUCGAUGAAUCUCAGCAUGUCUGAUGUUGAAAAACUCAAGGAGCAGUAUGCAAACUGUGCCGAGGACGAAAUUGCUUACAAAAAAACCCAAAACUGUGAAAUCGAGCAGCAUACUCUUCCUGAUGGACAGGUGAUAAGCAUCGGGCGAGAGAGAUACUCGGUUGGAGAAGCUCUGUUUCAGCCAUCAAUACUGGGACUGGAGGAGCAUGGAAUCGUUGAGCAGCUUGUCCGGAUUAUCUCCACAGUGUCAUCUGAGAACCAUAGGCAGCUCUUGGAGAACACUGUACUUUGUGGUGGUACAACCUCCAUGACAGGAUUCGAAAGUAGAUUCCAGAAAGAAGCAAACUUGUGCUCAUCUGCCAUUAGGCCAACACUGGUGAAACCGCCAGAAUAUAUGCCGGAGAAUUUGGGGAUGUAUUCGGCUUGGGUUGGAGGAGCCAUACUAGCUAAAGUGGUGUUUCCGCAGAAUCAGCACGUUACUAAAGCAGAUUAUGACGAGACUGGACCAUCAGUGGUUCACAGGAAAUGUUUCUGAAACCAUAGACUAUAAAACGAUGUUGUUGUUGUAGCUGAGGAUUUUUUUUUUGGUUGGCUUUGGUUUGAAGAUGUGGACCAGAUUAUGUAGUACAUUUCAAAUUAUGGCUUCCAAAUAUCGACUAAUAUGUGUUCAAUGAGCCCUUUUCUGAAAACAUUGACAAGGUAACUUUGCCAAUGCCAACACACACCCAUUGUCAGUGGAACUCUAAAUGGUUUUGCAGAUAUGUAACCAGUGAAACUCUUGGUUUUGAUGCAGAGAAUGGCCAAGAUCCUCUUUUUCAUUUUGUUUUGAGAUCUUUAGUACUUGUACAAUCAAAUAACACAGUCCCUUUUUGUUUUGUUGGUGUUGUUUGCUGAAAUUCGAGAAGGAAAGGGUCAGUGUUAAUGUCUAAACAGAAUUCAAUUUUUUUUAUUUUGUAAAUUGGUUGCCUCUUUACCUUGUU